AUGUCCUGUGUGCCUGCCCACGUGCCCACGUGCCCACCCACCCACCUGCUUGACUGCCCGGUGCCCCGCGCACCACCACCCCCACCUGGGCACACACUGACGAAGGUGACACCCUGGCUGUGGCUGCAAAAAAAGGUAACCUUCGAAGUCGACUGCGUUGCCUGGGUUAGCAACACUGCCCCCGCUCAGAGCACCACCAGCGCCGCUCAGGGCACCACCACCGCCGCUCAGAGCACCACCACCGCCGCUCAGAGCACCACCAGCGCCGCUCAGGGCACCACCAGCGCCGCUCAGGGCACCACCACCGCCGCUCAGGGCACCACCACCGCCGCUCAGGGCACCACCAUCGCCGCUCAGGGCACCACCACCGCCGCUCAGAGCACCACCGCCGCCGCUCAGAGCACCACCAGCGCUGCUCAGGGCACCACCAGCGCCGCUCAGAGCACCACCACCGCUCAGGGCACCACCACCAGCCUGCACAACCACACAAGGGAGCUCGCUCUCCUAACUCAACCAUCUCGCUGUGUUUCGUCCUGA